AUGUUGUCUCGAAUUGCGUUCAGGAGUACCAGAAAGUCGGUUGUGUAUUCAGCGAGAAGUUUCGGUAUUUCGUUGAGGCGUUUCAACGAAAUUCCAAAGAUUCCCCAGUCUGGUUCAGAUAGUUCAAACCCCAAGAAAAGACCUUUGAGUCGUGUAGCUAUAGGCUCUCUGGACUCUGGAAAGAAGUAUGCCGAAAACAGCAGUAUCGAGUUUGCGUCCUGGAAGGCCGUUCUUUUGCUCUUAGUAUUGGGAGGUGGAGCAACGUAUUGGUUCAGUAAAGAAAAGGAAAGAAUCCGGAUUCAGAAGGAGGUUGACUCCAAGAGAAGUAUCGGGAAGCCGUUGAUCGGAGGACCAUUCAGUUUGAUUGAUACUAAAGGGCAACCUUUUACCCACAAGAAUUUGGUCAAUGACAACAAGAAGUUUUCUAUAAUUUACUUUGGCUUCACUCACUGCCCAGACGUCUGUCCUGAUGAAUUAGACAAAUUGGGUGACAUGUUGGAAGAGUUGAAGAAGAGCAAAAUUGAGAUGCAACCGAUUUUCAUCACAUGCGACCCCGCCAGAGACUCUCCGGAAAUUGUAGAGCAAUACUUGGAAGACUUUCAUCCGGAUAUCAUUGGCUUGACUGGUACUUAUGACGAAGUUAAAAACUGUUGCAAGAAAUACAGAGUGUACUUCCUGACUCCGGCAGAUAUCAAGCCGGGCCAGGACUACUUGGUGGACCACUCUAUCUUCUUUUAUGUGAUGGACUCUGAGGGGCAAUUUGUAGAUGUAAUUGGCAGAGAAGCCACUGCUGCUGAAGGCGUAGAGAAGAUCAAGAAACAGAUCGAUGCUUUUAUCCCAAAAGAGGAAAGAGAAGCUAGAAAGAAGUCGAAACUUAGUUUUCUCUACAAGUAG